AUGCGUGCAAGUUCCACUGAUAUCUAUCCGAAUGCAAAAUGGGCACAGAAUGGUAUCACUGUAGUUGGAGGAAAUGGGCGAGGUAGUGAAACCAAUCAACUCUAUUGUCCAUGGGGUUUGUACGUCGACGAUGAUCAAACGAUUUUUAUCGCUGAUCAUUGGAAUCAUCGUAUUGUGGAAUGGAAAUCUGGUGCAACGAAUGGAAAAGUAGUUGCUGGUGGAAAUGGAGAAGGAAAUGGAGCUCAUCAAUUAAAUCGUCCAUGUGAUGUGAUUAUCGACAAAGAGAGCGAUAGUCUCGUCAUCAGCGAUAGAUGGAACAACAGAGUAGUUCGUUGGCCUCGUCGAAAUGGUACUCGUGGAGAAACAAUUAUUUCAAAUAUCUCUUGCUUCGGUUUGACAAUGGACAACAAUAGUUCUCUCUAUGUCGUUGACUAUGAAAAACAUGAAGUGAGAAGAUAUAAAAUUGGUGACACUCAAGGAACAGUAGUUGCAGGUGGCAAUGGAAAAGGACAUCGUCUCGAUCAACUCUCCUAUCCCCACUACGUAUUUGUCGAUCGAGAUCAUUCAGUUUAUGUGUCUGAUUGGGAAAAUAAUCGUGUAAUGAAAUGGGAAGAAGGUGCAAAACAAGGCAUUGUUGUAGCCGGUGGUCAAGGACAAGGAAAUAGUCUUACACAAUUGAAUUAUCCUCAAGGAGUCGUUGUCGAUCAAUUGGAUACUGUCUAUGUGGCUGAUUCGCACAAUCAUCGAAUCAUGCGUUGGCCAAAAGGAGCCACACAAGGAAAUGUCAUUAUUGGUGGAAACGGUAAAGGAGCACAAUCGAAUCAACUCGAUGAUCCCGCUGGUUUAUCAUUCGAUCGACAUGGCAAUCUCUAUGUCGUCGAUUACGGAAAUCAUCGAGUACAAAAAUUUAGUAUCAUAUGA